UUCCCACAGAUUAAAGGUUGUACAAAACUUAAAAGAAGCAACGGUUCUAUUCACUUGUUAUUGGACUCGAAACUCCUUUGACCUCAGAAACUGAAGAUGAGGUUGCCGUGGGAACUGCUGGUACUGCAGUCAUUCAUGUUGUGCCUUGCAGAUGACUACACACUGCAUGGCCCAAUUUUUAUUCAAGAACCAAGUGAUGUCAUGUUUCCUCUGGAUUCUGAGGAGAAAAAAGUGAAGCUCAAUUGUGAAGUUAAAGGGAAUCCAAAACCUCAUAUAAGGUGGAAGUUAAAUGGAACAGAUGUUGACAUUGGUAUGGAUUUCCGCUACAGUGUUGUUGAAGGCAGCUUGUUGAUCAAUAACCCCAAUAAAACCCAAGAUGCUGGAACGUACCAGUGCAUAGCAACAAACUCGUUUGGAACAAUUGUUGGCAGAGAAGCAAAGCUUCAGUUUGCUUAUCUUGAAAACUUUAAAACAAGAACAAGAAGCACCGUGUCUGUCCGCCGCGGGCAGGGAAUGGUGCUGCUGUGUGGACCGCCACCCCAUUCUGGAGAGCUGAGCUAUGCCUGGAUCUUCAAUGAAUACCCUUCCUAUCAGGAUAAUCGCCGCUUCGUUUCCCAAGAGACUGGUAAUCUGUAUAUUGCCAAAGUAGAAAAAUCAGAUGUUGGGAAUUAUACCUGUGUGGUUACCAAUACUGUGACAAACCACAAGGUCCUGGGGCCACCCACACCACUAAUAUUGAGAAAUGACGGGGUGAUGGGUGAAUAUGAACCAAAAAUAGAAGUGCAGUUCCCAGAAACGGUCCCGACUGCAAAAGGAGCGACGGUGAAGCUGGAAUGCUUUGCUUUAGGAAAUCCAGUACCAACUAUUAUCUGGCAAAGAGCUGAUGGAAAGCCAAUAGCUAGGAAAGCCAGAAGACACAAGUCAAACGGAAUUCUUGAAAUCCCCAAUUUUCAACAGGAGGAUGCUGGUUUAUAUGAAUGUGUGGCUGAAAAUUCCAGAGGGAAAAAUGUAGCAAGAGGACAGUUGACUUUUUAUGCUCAACCUAAUUGGAUUCAAAAAAUAAAUGAUAUCCACAUAGCCAUGGAAGAAAAUGUUUUUUGGGAAUGUAAAGCAAGUGGAAGACCCAAGCCUACGUACAGGUGGCUAAAAAAUGGUGAACCCCUGUUAACUCAGGAUAGAAUUCAAAUCGAGCAAGGAACACUCAACAUAACAAUAGUAAACCUCUCAGAUGCUGGCAUGUAUCAGUGUGUGGCAGAGAAUAAACAUGGAGUUAUCUUUUCCAGCGCAGAGCUUAGUGUUAUAGGUGAGUCUUUAUACUGGAAAGGAAAAAAACAAACAAAAACUCUUUAAAUCACUAAACUAACGUGAUUUGCCAAGCAUAAAUGUUCAAUCUAAGAAGAAGAGGAAAGAAAUCUUUAAGCUGAAGAUUUUGCUUAAGAAACAAGCAAUGUAGUCUGCAAGCAGUAAGAAGAGACCACUUUCUAAGUCAGCCUCUUCUGAUGCUUACAAUGGGUAACACAGAUACCUCGGCAUUCAUUUCUACUCCUCUAUUGACCACACUUCUAAAUUGAGCAAAUGCUCUGGAGUCUGCUGCUAUCAUUCUGAUUUGGUACAAAUUUCAGAUUGGAGGGAGUAAGAGCUGACGAGGUUUGGAAAGGCUUAUUCAAACAGC